GUGCUGCUGAACGAGCAGGGCCACUACGACGCGGCGUCCGGCAAGUUCACCUGCCGCGUGCCCGGCGUCUACUACUUCGCGGUGCACGCCACCGUCUACCGCGCCAGCCUGCACUUCGACCUGGUCAAGAACGGCGAGUCCGUGGCCUCCUUCUUCCAGUUCUUCGGGGGGUGGCCCAAGCCCGCCUCGCUGUCGGGCGGCGCCAUGGUGAGGCUGGAGCCCGAGGACCAGGUGUGGGUGCAGGUCGGGGUGGGCGACUACGUCGGCAUCUACGCCAGCGUCAAGACGGACAGCACCUUCUCCGGGUUCCUGGUGUAUUCCGACUGGCACGGCUCCCCCGUCUUCGCUUGACGUCCGCGGGCAGUGCGCCUGCUGCUCUCACUCCCAGGGGCGGGGUGUCACCACGUCCUCCGGGAAGGCUGGCCCCCCCAAUGCUGUGAAUG